AUGGCUCCUGGUCGUAUCAAGACGUGGUUCAAGUCGUUCGGCAGUGAUUCGCAUCGCGCCCGCCAGAGCGAUCCAAGUGAUAUAGUUCCUGCUGCAACUGAAGCUACGGCUGCAGAACCUAGCGAUCUUAUUGGUGAUGUGGCGAAUCCAGUUCCCCCUCAGAUUGAGACUACUCCGCAAGGUAUUAUUGUCGCUCUUCGUGAAAUCCAAGUUGUCUAA